GAAAUGUAUUCAUAUAUGUGUGCUAAAUUCAUCUUCUCUUCAUUUUUAUUUCCUUAAGUCACUUUGUAGUAUUCACAGGAAUCCAAGAAAUUAUAUCUUAGAUAUAACAUAUUUACUUUGCCUCCUGAUUUAUAUUUUGUUUACUUGGUUGGGAACAAGAUAUUUCAUCUGAUUGCUUGAUCUUAAAUAUGUCAUGCCAAUGAAUGAAAAGAAGGAAUCCAGAAACAGCAUUAUCCAAGUUCUGAAUAUUUAGCAAACUCUGAGAUGAAGAACUGCAAGAAACCUUCAUUUCAUUUAUUGAUAUUUCCAUUCAUCCUUUCACAUAUACUGAAUUUUCCCCUGCAGAUUGGUAUAUGAGGCAUGGAAUUGAACAACCAAACCAGAGUCCAGAUAUUUAUCCUCCUGGGUUUUCCCACAGUUCUAGAACUUCAGAGAUUGCUAUUUGUAGUAUUUCUUUGUAUCUAUAUCCUCACUCUUGUGGAGAACACCAUGAUCAUCAUCCUCAUCAGGACAAAUACUCCCUCCAAAAACCCAUGUAUCUCUUCCUCAGCCACUUGUCUUUCCUGGAGACUUGGUAUAUUUCUGUGACUGUUCCAAAACUCCUGAUUAACUUCUUGGCAACAGAUAAAAGCAUUUCCUAUGCAGGCUGCAUGGCUCAGCUGUAUUUCUUCUUAUCCCUAGCCUGCACUGAAUGUGGCCUGUUGGCUGUCAUGGCUUAUGAUCGUUAUGUUGCCAUUUGCCACCCACUGCGCUAUCCUGUUAUAAUGACAUCCCAGCUUUGCUUGCAGCUAGCAGUGGGUUCCUGGCUCACUGGUUUCCUAAUUUCUAUGCUCAAAGUUUUUUUCAUUUCACGUUUGAGUUUUUGUGGGCCCAAUGUCAUCAACCACUUCUUCUGUGACAUUUCCCCUUUGCUUAAUCUCUCCUGCACUGACCGCACUGUGGCUGAAAUGGUUGACUUUGUAUUUGCUCUUCUUAUCCUUUUAAUUCCACUCUCUGUCACAAUGGGCUCCUAUGCAUUUAUCAUAGGCACCAUUUUACGUAUCCCUACGAGGCAAGGAAAAAGUAAAGCUUUUUCUACCUGUGCCUCCCCACCUCACAGUGGUUAUUAUAUUCUACUCAGCUGCAGUCUUCAUGUAUGCAAGACCUAGGAGAAUCCAUUCUUUUAACAUGAAUAAGCUUGUGUCAGUUGUGUACACUAUUGUUACUCCCAUGCUGAA